CAGGAUCAAGCCAUCCUCUGCUGCUGCUGCAAUUGCUGAUAGUGUUGCUGCCUUGGCAGAUGAGCCCCACUUGUUGUACUUGCCAUAGUGCCCAUCGUUUACUGUGCUUCUCAGCGGCAAAACAGUAUGGAACUCAAGCUGGAAUUUUGAGUCCGUCGUGGUCACGACUUAUAUCUGGGAGAAUGCUAGUGGCAAGCACAGUUUUCAUGUGCGCCUGUUUACUGGCCAGCUGAUGCAGGUCGGAUGGUGCUUGGACCAGUGUAGGGUUUUCCCUGAGGGUGGUGAGAGUGUCAGGUAUGAUCUCCAGAGUAUCUCCUAUGACGGCAUGCAGAUAUGCAAAUGGUAUGUAUGGUACAGCGACAGUGACUGCAAUAUCGCUGGCCCUAGGCAAGCACAGCAAUCAGCAUAAUGAAAAGUGGAAGGCCGGGGAUGUUAUUGGCACAUUAAUUAAUUUGGACUGUGGCAGUGUUGUGUUUUAUAGCAACAGACAGUCGACGGCUAAGGAAUUUGAAAGGGGCGUGAG